AUGUCCAGCGUCCCUUCGCUGGAUGAUGAUGCGGCCAGCCGCACAUUGACCGAGUUAGGAUGGAAACGCUGUGAGAGGUUGGGAAAAUUGGAGAUGUUCUGCAACGCGCAUUUCAAUGUGCCUUUGGAGUCCCCACAAGAGUUAGAAGCCUGGCCGGCAUGGCAAGAAGUGCUUUCUGGUCCGGCUAAGCAUCAGCCUACCAUAGAUGCCGCCACAAAGCUCUCUAUCAUUUCCGAUUGCGACAACACGGCCCUUCCCUCCACUCCGUUCUACUCUAUGGGCGAUGGCACAUUCUCCGCUCUUGACCAGACGAACAACCGCAUUGCCGUCCGAAAGGAGCACGCUCGGUUGUACGAUGAUAUCGCGAGAUGGGGCAAGAGCGCUGUCGUGACUGGGCAACCUAGCUCGGGGAAGACAUAUUUCAUUUAUUAUUGCCUCCUGAUGAGAUUGUCACUUGGGAAGCCAGUUCUCUUCAGCCCCACGCCUAAACAGUGGUUUCUCUUUGCACAAUGUGGUGCUUGGUCCGCUACGACUACGUCUGUCGAGCGCCGGCUGAACGAUAACACGAGGCACAAGUACCGCGAGAUUCUCACCUGCGAUACCUGGGCCCUCGUGGACGACGACAACAGAAGGAACAAGGGACCUGACCCUUACUUAUGGCGCAACCCCCUUGAGAUUCCCACCAUCGUGGCUAGCCGUCCCAUUGCUGGCCGUUACGAUGGCUGGUUGCGCUCCAACGAUCCCCCACUGCUGAAAAUCGUUGAACCGGCAUCAUUCGGGGAGCUAGUUCAAGGCUUCAGACUACUCCAUGAAGAACCAGGCCGACGACGUUUCCGCGCACCGCCAAAUGCGAAAUCUGCAUUCGAGGAUCUCUUGCACUCAAUGAAGGUGUUCGGGCGUUCCGAGAACAACUGUCUGCGAAGCUUCAAGGUGCCCAACAAAGAGACCGAGAACAGCGUACGACAACACAUCUCACAAAUCGACUUCACCACCUUGCAAAAGAUCUUCAACUCGCUGAAGCGUACGCCCCAGGACGCCCCGAGCUCCCUCAGCGUUGAUGUUUUAUUCGAGCUCGACUCGGAUGAGACUUACAUGAUGGCCCUCAACUCUAUCACUAUCGUCUCACCCCGAGAACCCGACCAGCAGUCCGACGUCGCCGUGAAUGAUCGGGUCGGGCUCGAUAUCGCCUCUAAGUGGAUUUUCCGGCAGCUUCUAAUCGUCUUCCACUUGAAGAACCCAGAGCGUGCCCGAGAUUUCCUCAAUAUUUGCACUCUCUAUCCUCAGACUAAGGCAAUGGCGGGCCAUUUCUUCGAGGACGUGAUUCACGUCAUAUUCUCUGAUGCACGCUCGGACUGGAAAAGCCGUUGCACGCUCACUGAGUUCUUCCCCUGUGAUAAAUCUCGCCAUACCGACCGGAACCGUUUUCCUUUGCGCCUCGAACAUAUCUUCCAAGAGCGAAAGCUUGAGGUGUAUUCCGGCCCUGCCCCUAAAUUCGAUCCUACCCGCUACCUCAAGCCUCUUGCCAAAAACAAUGCAACCUUUGAUUCGAUCGUGUACGCAAUCGAGUCGUCCGCAUCUCCCAACGAAGAGGCGCCCGAACACGAAGGCCCGGCCCGACCACUUCCUCCAGCUCCUCCGACUCCGCAGAAAACACGAUAUCGACUGCGUCAGCCUAAGAUCCCGAAGUCGAGGACCUUGUCAACAAAGCCCGGCUCAUCUGCCCGUCCAACGGCGCCGGCGUCGGUGUUGCACGCCUCGCGGUCGGCUGAGGUGCCUUUCUCAGGGAGCCCGAGUCCUCCUGCGUCGACGGUCAAGGGAAAGGCACGAGCGCGUGACGAGCCCGCUAUCCAAGAGCGCCCACGGAAGGCGGCGCGGAUGGAAGUCCCCGACCCAGUGAAGCACUGUGUCGCCAUGCAGAUGACUGUUGGAAAAUCUCAUACAUGGAAUACAACAGGCGUCCAGGAGCUUAGAGGCACUUUCGAGGAGGAUGGGAAUUGGCAUUUCGUCAUUGUCACUCAUAAAACAAGCGAUUUAGAUAUCCUGACUCUGGGAAACAGUGUCAAAUGGAAUCAAUAUGCCCCCUACUUUCGUUGGUACCAGUGUACUAUUGAUCUUGCCGGUUCGCCGUGGGAGGAUGUUGACUAUAUUAGAGAGGGAAUGGAGCUCAAUGUUGAUGACUAG